CUUUAGAAUAUUUGAAUAAACUAAAGACUGACUGCUCUCACAUUUUCACGACUAUUUUUUGCUCUUCUGACAGACACUGACUGAAGAAUCAACAAGAUGCCCCUUCCUUGUCCUAACUUCCUCCUGUUGGCCACCUUUGUCUUGAAGGUGAUCGAUCAUGUUACCAUUCACAACAUGGGAACGUUGCCACAUGGGGGCACGUAUAUUCUCUUGUAUCCUGGCCAAGGACCUCGGAGUCAGAACAAUGCGUUAUUGCCCUAUUAUCCGGGGCAAGAUGCAGCUUGGGCUAGCGCUAGUAGAGCCUGGCAGAAGUAUUCCAAGACUAAUAUGAAAUACGGGACUUUGAGCGGAGAAGAGGCAUUGACACCGAAAUUCUUUGCGCAGUUUAACUUGGACAAGUUGCUUGCGGAAGAUGGUACUAACCCGAGUGCACGCGACAGGAAUCAACAUCAUGGAGAAGGUGCAGGUGGUACUAACCCGAGUGCACGCGACAGGAAUCAACAUGGUCGAGAUGGGGACGCCCAAGCUGGCGAUGGCGUCACUCGC